AUGGUCAAAGAGACUAAACUCUACGACCUCCUGGGUAUAUCCCCCACCGCAAAUGCAGACGAGAUUAAGAAGGCCUACCGGAAAGCCGCUCUAAAAUGGCACCCCGACAAGAACAAGGACAACCCGGACGCUGCCGAGCGCUUCAAGGAGUGUGGCCAGGCCUACGAAAUCCUCUCUGACCCAGAAAAGCGAAAGCUCUACGACCAGUUCGGCCUCGAGGUGCUUUUGCGGGGUGGUGCCCCGCCUCCGGAUGCUGGACCUGGACCAGGCCCGAACCCAUUUGCUGGAGCCGGCGCUGGCGGUAUGCCCGAGGGCUUUGCUUCCUUCUUUUCGAACGCAGCUGGCGGCGGCGGCGGCGGUGGCGGCACGCGCUUCUCGUACGGCUUCAACUUUAGCGAUCCGAACGACCUCUUCCGGAACACCUUCCGCGAGAGCAGUGGUGGCGGCGAUCCGUUUGAGGAUAUUCUGUUUGGUGCUACGAGGGGUGCUUCUGCUGGCAGGUCACGCGGGCCUAGGGGGUCUUUUGGAUCUGAAAGCAUGAGGGCCAGGCAGCCGACGCCAGAGGUGACCACGGUGGAGAGGCCGCUGCCGCUUUCGUUGGAGGAUCUCUUCAAUGGCGUGACCAAGAAGAUGAAGAUUAAGCGCAAGACUUUUGAUGAGACUGGGAAGCGGAUAACGACGGAUACGGUGCUGGAAGUGCCCAUCAAGCCUGGUCUCAAGAAGGGGAGCAAGAUUAGGUUUAAGGGUGUCGGUGAUCAGGAGGAGGGUGGGCAGCAGGAUUUGGUGUUUAUUGUUGAGGAGAAACCCCAUCCGCUUUUUGCCCGUGAGGGCGACGACAUCGUUCACACGAUCGACCUGGAUCUCAAGGAAGCCUUGACGGGCUGGAAGCGGCAAGUGACGACGAUUGAGGGCAAGAACCUCAACAUUGACAAGGCCGGCCCGACGCAACCCGGCAGCUCGGAUACCUACCCCGGACUGGGUAUGCCAAUCUCGAAGAAGCCCGGCCAGCGCGGCAACUUUAUCGUUAGAUAUAACGUCAAGUUUCCCAUGACGUUGACGCCAACGCAAAAGGCAAAGUUGAAGGAGAUUUUGUGA